UCUGUAUAUGGUACUUUGAAUUUGCUUGCAUUGCAAUUCCCGUUUCUCUCACUUUUUAUCUCGAACCCAUUUUGCGAAAAAGGCAAAUAAAGUAACUCAGAACUCAUAAAAACAGAGCACGUCAAUCAAAAAAUCGAUUUUUUCGCCCUCUAAAGACUCAACCUUUAGAUUCAUCCAGUAAUUUCGUUUGUUCGGAAACCCAAAGAAAGCGAAUUUACUAUGCAGUCUUCAAAAUUCACUCUUUGUCUGCACAGCCUCUGAAUCUCACUCUUUUUCUCUGCCUCUUUCCUCACUGCCACUUUUGUUUGUUUAUCUUCCCUUUCCAAUAAGAUUCUUAUUCCUCCAUCUUUGAAAACACUUUCACUUGUUUUUUCCUUCAAUUUUUAUUUCUGGGUCAUUUCAUUUCUUUCAUUUCUUCAACUUAAUUGGGUUUACUCAAUUGUUAGUUUAUUCGAAAUAUAUUUUCCUUUUUUUUUCCCGCGCACCAAUCAAUUCCUGUUCCUUGUCCUUUUCCUUGGUUACCCUUUUAAGAUUUGGUCGAGUUUCUCAAUUUCAAGGAAAGCAGACAUCAAUCUCUCUGUCUCUAACAAUUGUUUUGUAAGUUUUUAUCAAAAAAAUUGAACAGAGGCCUGGUGGUUAAUGGUUAAUUUGUAAUGGGUGGUGGUGGUGGUAGAGUGGAAGUGGUAAAGAGCAACGGUUGCUCUAGGCUGUCUGUUGGGUUAUCAUCUCCAUUGCCUUCUUUUAAAGCUCUGCAACCAUUUGAGCCUGCGUCUCCGGCCUCAUCCUCUAUUGGGUCAGAGCCUGUGGUUCGAUCAGGCGCACCCUUUGCCGGCCUUGUUAUUUGCGUUACUGGUCUAUCCAAAGAAGCAAGGAAACAGGUCGAGGAAGCAACUGAGAGAUUAGGUGGCCAGUACAGCCCUCACUUACAUCCUCAAUGUACCCAUUUGGUGGUCCAAAGCUUUGGUGGACGCAAGUUUGAGCAUGCUUUGAAGCAUGGAUUAAAAAAUGGUCUGUCGAUUGUUACGAUUGGCUGGUUUGUGGAUAGUGUUAGGAAGAAUGUGAGGUUGAGUGAAUCACUUUACAGUAUCAAGAGUUUUGGACAGAAUGGUAUACGGUUGGAUGAGUUCAACAGGCUUGUUGGGUUUAUUGGUACAGAAAAUUCGUGUAUUCCUGUUGAUGCUCGUGGAGCCAAGCCAUUGGACACGAUUGAAGAACCACAUCUCCCCUUUUCUGGAAGAGAGUCUAACAGAAUUACUGACUCUAUUCUGUCUGGUCACUCCAUGUAUGUCGACUUAGACAUUUCAUCUGAACUGAGGAACAAGGUUAUUGAGGCUGCUCGUAGAGAGGGUGUUACGUUAAUUGAUCAAUGGUUUGUUGGUUGCAGAGCAAGUCAUGUAGUGUGUGAAGGCUCUGCUAGCCGUAAAUAUCUUGGCCACUCUAGCAAUAUCGUUACACCACUGUGGGUCUUGAAAACAGCCAAAGAGAAGUAUGUGCAAAGGCUUGUGCACAUGUCUGCAGAUUUGGCCAGGCAAGUUGGUACGAUGCUUGAAGAGUCGCAGAAUGGCAGUGCAGAUGAGGAAACGAAUGUGCGAAAUGUCCCUGAAGAUGUUCAAGCUUAUAAAAAUAAAGCAAACCAUGAAAAGAGACAACGAAUUGUGAAUUCUGCGAAAGCUGGGGUCAGAAAUCGACGUGGUCUUCGUAUGCAGACUUGCCAAACUCCAAUGCGUCCAAUAACCCCUAGCAGCCUUCUGGAUUCAAUCUGCUGGUCCAUAUCUGAACCAACUUCAACGGUGUCAAUCUACACCGAGAAUGUCAGUGUUGAAGAUGCUACUGAGCACCAUACAUCUGUAUUCUUUGAUGCAAAAGCUGAUGGCAAGGAUUCAGAAGCUUCAUUUGCAAACUUAACGAGGCUGCUCAAGGAAAGUGAGAAAUCUGAAUUGAUAUUUAAAAAUCAUUUUCUUACCAUACUGUUCCCUCUUGACCGAUUCGCUGAGAUGGGGCCAUCUUCCAGAACAUUUUUCAGCAAUAAUGGGUUUACAUGCUUGCAGGUGUUGGAUCAUAUCUAUGCAUUUUAUCAGGAGAGCAUGUCAGUCCAUGAAAUAGAGGCUGCUAUUAACACAGACUCAAGGCAUGCCGAUCGACUCCGAUCAGUGUACUCCAGUAAAGAAACAGCAGAACAUGGUUACGUGAGUUUCAAACGGAUUGAAUUUCUAGGUAGUCGUAAAAGUUUCGAGAUGUUGAAGCGUGUCAACGGAGACAACAACAGCAAUGUAUAUGAGCUGCUAAUUAGAGCCUAAGAUCAUCUUCACCUCACGUGUUCCAAAUUAGGAGCAUGUUUUUGCUAUGGUUGAACCUUUGAAGAAACUCAAACUAAGAACUUGGAACUUGAAGGCCAUGAUAUCAAAAGCUUCUACCGUCUUCAUUCA